AUGCAUUGCGUCUAUCAGAUCCAAUCGAAGCAAGUACGACUUACAUUCGACAACUUCGACAUUGAAGUGGUGCAGAACGACGAAUGCUCAUACGACAAUGUCGCUGUGUAUGAGUCCUAUGUAAGCCCAACUGAGCAUGGCAAAUUACUGGGA